CCCUCCAUCUCUUGCAAUUUGCUUUUUUUCAUAUUUAUUUGGUUUGUCUUUGGUCGAUAUCGAUAAAGUAUGAGGAUUCGAAAGAAUGCGAAGCUAUCAUCCGUGGUAAACCCGACGGGUUCCAGGUCCGAGAGUGUGCACGUGUGCGAGAUGAACCAGACGCCAUGGGAUGUGGUUCCUUUCGCUCAAGUACCAUGCCCAUCGUAUCUUCAUCACCAGUUCGAAUAUGAAGAUAGCUUUCAUGGAAAUGGGAGCUUAGGCGAUUCUAUUAGUGCUGUCGAGAGCGUAGCGUCGAUGAUGGACAGUGAAGAUAAAUUGAUUAUGAAAGUGGGAGGCAUGAUUAUCGACGAUGAAGACGAGAUGAAACUGGGUUACCAAUUCGGGUUCCAGACCCAAUGCCAAGAUGAAGAAAAGGGAUCCAAGCAAGAUUGUUCACUAAAAUCUUUCAGCCACGAUAACGGCAAUAAUCCCAGCAAGAAAGCCGGGAACCGCCGUGGACGAUCCCGGGCAUCCAAGAAAGGGUCGUCGUCGUCGAACCCGUAUGAAUUCUACUAUUACUCCGGGUUCGGGCCGUUGUGGGGGAGGAGGAGAGGCGGCAGAAGCAGCAGCGAAAUGAGGAAGAAUAUUAUUAUCGAGGGUAAAGAUAUUGAAAUCGACAGCAGCGCUGUCACUACUCAAGUCAACAAUACGACUCCGUCGUCUUCUUCGCAAUUCGAUAACAAUGAAGAAUUUGAUAUCGUCGACGAUGUAGAUGACGAGGAGGAGGACGAUGAGAAUGUAGAUAGUGGUGGUAAGAAUCGAAUGAGGAAGCCUAUUAAAGCAAGAUCGUUAAAGUCCCUAAUGUGAUGAUGAUCAA